CGAAAUGGGCGGAGUUUGCUUCUAGGGGUGGAGCAAAGAACUGAGGGAGUGCCUGCUGAGGUUUCAUUGCAGGAGUGCAGCAGUGCGGUGUGUUUCUAUAACUAUGGCCAACGCGAGUAACGCUCUGCUAGCGCGAGCGCUUUUACAACAGUGCCUGUAUGCGAGGCUGCAGGUGAAACCUCCCGAGCGGGGCUCCGAAGCUAAAUGGGUGGAGAUUCAGCGAGGACUUAUCAUCUAUGUAUGUUUCUUCAAAGGAGCCAAUGAAGAAAUUAUUCCAAAAAUGGUAAAUACACUCCUGAAUGUGAAGUUAAGUGAAACGGAAGGUGGCAAAUAUGUUUCUGUUUUGGAUUUACCAGGCAGCAUAUUAAUAGUUCCUCAGGCCACACUGGGUGGUAAACCAAAGGGAAGAAGCAUGCAGUAUCAUUCCAACAUUGACAAGGAAACUGGAAGUGCUCUCUAUUCCCAGUUUGUGACUCUGUGUGAACAAGAACUGGCUGCUAACACCAGAUGUACUGAAGCUGGUGUUGUUCUCAAGCAUGGCACAUAUGGAAACCGGCAAGUGUUGAAAAUGGAUACAAAUGGGCCUUUCACUCAUAUGAUUGAGUUUUGAAAAAUGAGUAAUUUGGUCAACGGCAUACUGUCCAGCAAAUGCUGCAUGGUUGUGCCAGUAUGUAACAAUAUAUGUAGACCGACUGGAAUGUUUGAAAGCAAAGAACUUCAGUAAAAUGAUAUCCAGCUAAAUAUAUUUAAUUAUUUAAACAGUCUCAAA